AUGCCUAUGGAUCCAAAGCUUAAUCUCAAUAAUACAGAUGGGGAACUUCUUCAAGAUGUUACUCGGUAUAGGAAUUUGGUGGGCAUAUUUCUUUAUUUGACAUUAUUUAGGUCAGAUAUAACCUAUGUUGUUCAUAGGUUAAGUCAAUUUGUCUCACAGUCUAGGAUCCCUCAUUUACAUGUUGUUCAUCACUUGCUUAGAUAUCUCAAGAAUCAUCCAGGCCAAAGACUUAUUUUUCCUUCUUCUUCUUCUCUUCAACUCAAGGCCUUUAGUGAUGCUGAUUGGGGAGGGUGUUUAGAUACCCGUAGAUCUGUAAUUGGAUUUUGCAUCUUUCUUGGUGAAUCAUUGGUGUCAUGGAUAGCUAAAAAGCAAACUACUGUCUCAAGGAGUUGA